AUGCGUUCCUCAAUCCCAAUUGCCUCACUCUUCGCUGCUUUGGCCAUCGCCAAGCCCCUCAAUCACAUGCACCACAAGAAGGCCUAUGUCACUGAAAUGGACGUCGUGGUCGAGACCAAAUAUGUCACCAUCACCGAAGGUGCUCCACUCCCUACUCCUCUCGAGGCCAACGUCGCCGCUGUGACCACUGUUCUUGUUCAGAACACUGUCUACGAUGCUCCCGUCAAGGCUUCCCCUGCUCCCGUCAAGGUUGUUCCAUCCGCCCCAGCAGCUGUCUUCGUCCAAAAGGAGCAACCCGCCCCAACCCCAUCCAAAGCUGCUGCUCCUGUUGUGGUUGCAGCUCCUGCUCCAGUUGCACCUGUCGUCAGCGCUCCGGCUGCCGACACCAACGGUCUUACUCCCUUCCAACUCGCUUCUAUCAAUGCGCAUGGAGUUCACCGCGGUAACCAUAGCGUGGGCGGCCUAAGCUGGAACGCCACUCUUGCUACCUCCGCCGCUGCCAAUGCCGCCAAGUGUGUGUUUGCACAUGACGACUGCGGAUCUGGUGGCUGCGGAUUUGGCCAGAACCUUAACAUCUGGGGCCAGGCACCAUUCCCUUCGUCCAUCGACAUCAACUCGGUGGUUGCCAACGCCAUCACCGAAGGCUGGUACAAUGGCGAGCUCCCGACCUUCAGCAAGUAUGGUGACUCUAACCCGGUGACCCCAACCGCUCCUGGAGCAGUCCACCCUGCCGACCCUUGGCUCCAUUUCACUCAGGUUAUCUGGAAGGACACCGUGUCCGUUGGAUGUGCAGUUCAGCGUUGUGAUGCCGGAACCGCCAACACCUACGAGAGCGUCUACACCGUCUGCAACUAUUUCCCCCCUGGAAACUACAAGGGCUCCUUCGAUAAGAAUGUCUUCGUUCCCAAGGGCGAAGCUACAGUGAAGGCUAGCAUUAUCAAGUCUUAG